ACAUACACACACACCUCUCGCGGCUGGACGGCUGUCAGCGCACAGAAGAUGGUGGCGGCUGCGGCCACUGCGUUACCCACCGCGCCUGGAUAGCGCACACCACAUUUCACGCAGGUGUCGACGCUGCUGCGGCGCACAGAUACUGGUCAGAUAAAGGACAUAAGACAAUCUUAUCUCACUGUGGACGAUGCAGGGAAUUGAAAGGCUGGACAAUGCAGCAGCCCUAAUCCAUCAUAUCUGUCUUGGAUUAAAGGAUAAUUAUUAGGAGAUAUGAAAAUAUUCUCUUGUGCACCCCAUGCAAUUCAAUUAAAGUGACUGGAUCAAGGCAGCACUCUGGUUUGACCUGUGGGACUGUGGCGUGGGGGGCGUGGAGCGGAGGUGGAGACCUUUUAAUUAGCCCGACUCUCUCCGGGCUUUCGUCGUCUGCCAUUUAACUGGGGGGGCACCAAGCUGCCAUGGGCAAACUUUACUUCAGGGAAAAGGAUGGACUGGACGAUACUUCAUGUAGCCUAGUCGGUGCAAGUCUGCAUUGUUCAUCUCAGCUGGCCGGUUGACACAGAAUAUACAGCCAGGAACCGGCAUGGUCAGGAUAUCUGGACAAUCUGGAUAUUUCCUUAGGGCGCAUUGUGACGAUGAGUUGGCGACAUUUGGUGUGUCUGUGGAUACCAAAGCACCACCAAUGCAACGCUAAACCAAGACUGGUUGGUGCAUAGCCACGGGGCAGAGUGUUUACACACGAGUCACUGACAGCUCAUAAUAAAACCGAACAGUUUUUUUCCUGGGAUUUCUGCACAUCGCGUCUCAUGCAUUUGUCUCCUGCUGACCUCCGUGCACAAAAACCCCUCUGCGUUUUUGGAGACGCAGCAGCGGUGAAGACCCCGGAGCGAGAAGUCAGGAAAGGACGGGGCUCUGUCCACGGAAAUAGUCGCGAUUAGGCCCCACAGCAAGGAGCAUGUGGGUAUAAACACAAGCUUAGGUGGCAGUUUUUGCGCGCAUGUUUCCGUUACCUGGAAGUGAUCAGCGCCCCAAAGUUGAAAGCCGAUCUCUUCCCUCAUCACGGCAAACAGCAGAUCCAUGUGUCGAGUCUUUUUUAAAAGAUGUAAAAACAAACACUAGAGAGAAUUAGUUUUAGAUUAAGUUUUGCUCAGAACAAAAACGUCAGGAGGUAUUACUGUGUAUUUCCAGUGAAAGUGAAAAACUGAAUCGAUAAGCAUGACUGGACAUGCACCAGUAAUGAAAGACUGCAGCAAGCUCUCCAAAAAACAACACCAUCAUUUAACUGGAUUUGAUAUUUCAGUAACUUCCCAGGAACUUCCUUAAAUCAUCUUCUUUACUUACUUGGUUUUUCUCUCUCAACUUUUCCCUUUACAGACAGUAUUUUGUAAUUCUUUUCCCCUACAUAUGUUUCCAAUGAGUGAAACAGUGAGUAGGCAGCUGAGUGGACUUGGAGUGCAACCUAGCAGGCAGAGAGUGAACCGUGGAGUGCGUCAAAACAGACGGGAACAUGGAGGAAUGCAGGGAUUGACGUCAAGAGGGGCAAUAAUGAACUACUCAAAAUCUUUGGAAGGUCUGCUAGUGUUUCUACAGCCACUACACUGCUAACUGAGUGCAAUUUUCCUGGAAGAGGUUUUGAUUAUGCUCUGUGUUUUCACUUUUAAGACUUUUUAAGAUUUGGUUGUUAUACUGUGGCUCCAUACUUUGCCUUACUACUUUACCUAUCUUCUCUACCUUGAACUGUCCCCUCUGCAUCGUCUGUGAUUUUGGAAAGAUUAAAAAAGCAACAUGGCAUCCCCCCAACAUCAACAACUGCUGCCUCACAACACAGAAGUGAGCUGUGACUCAAGUGGAGAUGGGGGCGUCUCAGUGAGGAUUGGCAGUAGUGUCAAACACAAGCACGGAGGCGGGCCGCUUGGUUCAAUCGGGGGAGGCUUCAUCGGAGGAUCCAAGCAUUGCAAGUACAGUAUCUCCUCCAGCUGUAGCUCUGGAGAGUCUGGAGUGAGGAGGCCGGUGGUCAAGAGCUUUCGCACACAGAAGAAGAUGCCUCAGCUUUUUGAGAGGUCUGCAGGUCAUUUCUGGGACCCAAAGUUUGACUCUUCCAUCCUGGAGGAGGCCUGUAGAGAACGGUGCUUCCCUCAGACCCAGCGGCGGUUCCGUUAUGUGCUCUUUUACCUGGCUGCUGCUGGCCUCCUCUGGGGAUUGUACUUUGCUGCCAACCCUUCCCGCUGUGACAGGACAGCUUUUCUCAUUCCAACUGCAUCCUUUCUCCUUUUCUGCCUCCUCCUUUUCCUCUUAACUUUCACAAAGCUCUACUCUCGCUGUUACAACCAAGCAUCUCUGUUGCUUAUUAUUGUAACCUUCAUCCUGACCCUGGCCCCCCAGAUCCAGACAUCAGGCUUCAGAGAUCCGGAGACUCCUACACCAGCAUUUGAUGUGGAAGAGUUCAGUGGCAUGGAGCCCACAUACAACAUGUCCUAUGACAAGCUUGUGGGAGGUAGCACCUGGUCCCCUUGUCUCUCUCCUGUUGGCACUUUCUCACUUUGUAUUGAGGUUCUUCUGUUGCUUUACAGUGUUCUUCAUGUUCGUCUCUAUGCUUCUGUCCUACUCGGGUUUCUCUACUCUGUAUUUUUUGAGAGCUUGGGCUGGUGGCAUCUAACCCAGGUGGGGGGCAAUUGGAGCAUAGCCUCUGAAACAGACUGGAAUACACUAAGCUGGUUGGGUCCAGCCAAAGCCCUGCUCCACCUCUGUGCCCACGCCAUUGGCAUUCACCUGUUCAUCAUGUCUGAGGUGCGGUCACGCAGCACCUUCCUUAAGGUGGGGCAAGCUAUCAUGCAUGGUAAAGACCUGGAGGUGGAGAAGGCCUUAAAGGAGCGAAUGAUCCACUCUGUCAUGCCCAGGAUCGUGGCUGAUGAACUGAUGAAGCAGGGCGAUGAGGAGAUAGGUGACAAUUCUGUGAAGCGAUACUCCACUAGUGGUGCAGCAGCUGCUAUCUCCAGCCCUAAGAACAAUAAACGCAAGAAAACCUCCAUCCCCCGAGGUCAGAUCAUCUUCAGACCUUUCAACAUGAAGCGGAUGGAGCCCGUCAGCAUCCUCUUUGCAGACAUUGUGGGCUUCACAAAGAUGUCUGCCAACAAAUCUGCUCAUGCCCUAGUUGGCCUUCUAAAUGACUUGUUUGGACGUUUUGAUCGGCUUUGCGAGCUCACCGGCUGUGAAAAAAUCAGCACUCUAGGAGACUGUUACUACUGUGUGGCUGGUUGUCCCGAACCCAGAUCGGACCAUGCCUAUUGCUGUGUGGAGAUGGGCCUGGGCAUGAUCCAAGCUAUUGAACAAUUCUGCCAGGAAAAGAGGGAGAUGGUCAACAUGAGGGUGGGUGUCCACACUGGCACUGUACUGUGUGGUAUCCUUGGCAUGAAGCGCUUCAAGUUUGAUGUUUGGUCAAAUGAUGUCAACUUGGCCAACCUAAUGGAGCAACUAGGUGUGGCUGGGAAGGUGCAUCUAUCGCAGGCCACCGCCAACUUUCUGGAUGAUCGCUACCAGCAUGAAGAUGGACAGGUCAUUGAGAGAAUAGGACAGAGUGUGGUGGCAGACCAGCUCAAAGGCCUUAGGACCUACCUGAUCUCUGGUAGGAAAAUAGAGCCACACUCUCACUGUAGCUGCUCCCAGUUGGGGUUGGCUGGACCAGAGAAUGCAGAUCCUCGGUGCCCCACGUCCAGGGCGCACACGCCUGAUGGAGGCCCUUCAGCCGGCACCCUACCCCCUGACAAAGCCAAGUCUCCCUGUCUAUCCUGCAGUGUGGUCCUAAUACCAGGGGAGGAUCAGGUUCUGGAAGAAGGAACGGUGCACAAUGGCUGCCAUGACGACCACAAGACCAGUAGCAGCAAGGAAUCUACAAUUCUUAAGUGCUCCCCAGUGGUUUCUGCAGGACGCAGCCCAAAGGCUCUGAACGGCCUGCUCAGUCCUCGGCUGGAAGCUUUGAACAACAGCCAGACGUCACUGUGUGAGAUGCUGCAGGAGAAGGAGAAGAAGACAUGGAGUGGAGGAGCCAUGGGCAUGGACCACUCAGCGCUCAUCCCUUUACGAUCCAAGAACUUCAGGGAGAGGAGUGAUGCCCACUUUGUGGAUGUUAUCAAAGAAGACAGCCUUAUGAAGGACUAUUUCUACAGACCUCCAAUAAACAAGCUGAGCCUCACCUUCCUGGAGAGGACCCUGGAGUCUGCUUACCGGAUAAGCUUCCAGGAGGAGGUGGAGACGCAAGCAGCGGUGCAGACUGUUGCCAGUCCAACAUUCAGUUCUUUCCUGGACAUGCUGUUAUGCUGUUCAGUGUUUCUGGCUCUGUCACUGGCCUGUUUCCUUCGACCGCUAGUCACCCAGCUGACUCCAUCCACACCAGCCAUCGUUCUGACUGCUGUAGCUGCCCUGCUGGAGGCUGUGGCUCUGCUGUUUGCUAUACGGACGGCUUUCUACCUGGACAAUGCUUUUAAUUGCACCCGAAUACUGAUAAGAGCCAUCUCAGGCUGGAUACCACGUCACUUUAUAGGAGCUGUCCUGGUGUCCCUACCUGCUGUGACUGUCUUCUCCCAUGUCACCUGUGACAUGCAUCUUUCCAUCCAGUUCACCAUGUUCAUCUGCUGUGCUGUCAUCAUAGCUAUCAUUCAGUACUGUAACUCCUGCCAGCUCAGUUACUGGAUGCGCUCAACUUUAGCAACUUUGGUGGGAAUGGCACUGCUUGCCUUGCUCUUCAGCUCUCCCUGCAGUGUUGCUAAGAGUCUGUUUUUCUGGUCGGCUGGACAGAACAACAACAGCAACAGUUCCAUCUUCAUAUCUGACAGCCUAGCAGACCCUGACCCACAGCCUCACCCCCAGGACCUGCUGGGCCCUGAGGCCUGCGUGGCCUUUUUCUUGCUCCUUCUCCUGGUGUGGUUUCUUAACCGUGAAUUUGAGGUCAGUUACCGCCUGCAUUACCAUGGCAACGUGGAGGCUGAUCAACACCGCAUCAAGAUCCAGAACAUGAGGGACCAGGCCGAUUGGCUGCUUCGCAAUAUCAUCCCAAUACAUGUGGCUGAGCAACUGAAGGUCACGCAGAGUUACUCCAAGAACCACGACAAUGUGGGUGUAAUAUUUGCUAGUAUUGUUAACUUUAGUGAGUUUUAUGAAGAAAGCUAUGAGGGAGGCAAGGAGUGCUAUCGUGUCCUCAAUGAGCUAAUUGGAGAUUUUGAUGAGUUGUUACGGAAGCCAGCCUUCUCAAAUAUUGAAAAGAUCAAGACCAUUGGUGCCACAUACAUGGCAGCAGCAGGACUCAAUGCGCAGCAGUGUGCAGAUGCAGCCCAUCCUCAUGCCCACCUCCGCGCUCUUUUUGAAUUUGCUCUGGAAAUGAUGUGUGUGGUGGACGACUUCAACAAGAACAUGCUGGGCUUUGGCUUCAAGCUUCGGAUCGGAUUCAAUCACGGGCCUCUAACAGCAGGGGUGAUUGGCACCACCAAGCUUCUCUACGACAUCUGGGGUGACACAGUCAACAUCGCCAGUCGCAUGGAUACAACAGGUGUGGAGUGUCGUGUCCAGGUCAGUGAGGAGAGCUAUUGUGUGCUCAGUGGUAUGGAUUACGAGUUUGAUUACCGUGGCACAGUUAAUGUCAAAGGCAAAGGUCAGAUGAAGACCUUCCUUUACCCUAAGAGUAGUGACAGUGGCCCUGUGCCUCAGUAUCAACUCUCAGUCUCACCAGAGAUCCGGGCACAGGUGGAUGGUAGCAUUGGGCGCUCACCCACUGAUGAAAUCGCCAGCAUGAUGCCAACAACCAGCAUAACUGCAAGCAGUACCAAUACUAUGGUUCCCAGUGCCAGUGCUGGUUGCUCUACCAACACAGGGCUUGGCCAUGAGAGAGAAGCUGCACGGUGCGGAGAGAGGGUGGACAUACUUGAAAGACGUCCCUCUGCAGAGACUUCCCAUGCCCAGCGAUCUACAUCUCACAGUGGCCUGACAUCUAUACCUGUUACCAACAUAGAGGGGCCACCUCCUUCUGCAAAUAACAAACCACUCAUCAUCUCAUCCACAGUCCAGCAAAAUGCACCCCAAAGUUCAACAGCAAAGUCCCAGAAAGACUCCAAGAAAGACAAAUACGAGGAUGCCUAUGACAGUAACAUUGGAGAGUUAACCAGACUUUAAGAAUUUGCUACAAUGGCGCUUUUAUCACAAAUCUUCUACCCUUUAAGCUCUUGUUCCUGCCAGUUUGCAUUUGUAGAAUUGCUGUACAUUUGGUCCUACCCCAGGUAGACCCACAGGCCUCUCUUCUGCAUCAGCCAGGCAGCAGGUUGUUUUAGGUCUUAAUCUGGGGGUGCUGGGUCGACCACAAAGAUGGUGUCAGGCAGGGACACACAGAAGAAAUGGGAAGAUAUGAUGGCUGACUCUGAACCUCCUCUUGCCUGCUACAGAUCCCAUCAUGUCCCAUUAAACUACUUGAUUAUCUUUACACCUUUAAUCUUGAUUAUGCGUUUCAUAUGUCUUUUAAGUGCCUUUAGAAUAGAAUAAUGUGUAGACUAAGCCUUUUUGAGUAUAAGAGUAGAAUAACAUAAAGGGAAAACUGUACAUUUGCAAACUUUUUUGGGAAAAAUGCUUUGCUUUUGUUACAAUUUUACUUUCAAAACUGUGGUUUGCUAUGAUAUUUUUGCCUUUUAUCAACAAACAGCUCAGCAAGCUGACCUUACAUAUGGAAAGUGCUACAUUAUGAGGAGGAUGUAAGAUGCUAUUCCAAUAUAUAUAUUAGUAAAAUCUGCACUAAAAUGCAGAGCCUGAUUCCAUGUUCUUCAUGAAAACCCAAAAACUCUUUGUGAUAGGCACAGCAGAAACUAAUCAAUGCAGACUAAGGGCAGAGGAGGCUGUGCUGCGUGUUGUGUGAGUGUAAUUGCAUGUAUACAGUGUGUGAGUGUGUGUUUAUGUGUUAGCGUAAUAGCAAGAUCAUGCAGACAUUAAUGAGGAGGGGUGCCUAUGAGAUAUUAGGCUGACUUGGUGAAACAACAGGAUGACAAACAGUUUAGGAACGCAGUUGGAUGAAAAACUCUUGCUUGCUGAUGUGGCAGUUUUUUCUCUGGCCUCAGCUAAGAUCUUUGUAUUGUCUCAGUACUGAGGCAUGAUGGUCUCAGCUACACUUAUCAGCGCGCUUGCUGCGACAGCACCAUAGACGAGGCUAAACUGUUACUAGACGAUGUGCCCCCAUGAUCCAGGCUCUUGUGGGAACUCAAGCUGUGUUUAGUGUUGAUGAGUAUUUCAAUGGAUCCUACAAGGUACUUCUGUACCUGUGGAGUGUCUUUAGCUUUGACUUUAGAUCAAUUAGAGAAAACAGCUGCCUAGGUUGCUAUGGAUUACACUGUGUGCUAGUUGAUAGCUUUUAAGACAUGGAUAAUCAAAGUGGAAUGUUGCAAAAUCAUAAAUCAAAAUGUGUUUUAUUGUAUUUAUUGUAACACAAAACUUGAACUGCUCAUGUGAAGCUCCCCUCUCUUACUUCUAUGAUUUGAAAGACAUUACUGGAUCUUAACAGCUGAACAUGUUAGCUGCUUCACACUUGCAAUGGCAUAAAACUUCAGUAUAUAAGCACUGUAAAUGCAAAGGCAGUGCACCAAAUGUAGGUCAGGUGUCUGCCUAGGUGUUUUUAUGCUUUCUUUUUGACUUCCCUGAUUUCAUUCUAUUAUGUCAAUAUUAUUGAGGAAAUCAAGCUGAUUAAAUGGAUUGUGUGCUCAGAGGCAAAACAGUUUCACCAUGAAAUCCAGUUCAUUGUCUUCUUUUUCACAUUCAAAUUCCCUGAACAACAGAUUAACAACUUCAUAUUUUUAAAUCACCAUUUAUAAUCAAUACUUUUAAGUAAUAAAGCAAUCAAGACAAAUGUUACAGAAAAACAAAGAACCGAUUUGCCUUCUUUUAACCUAACAUCUAAUUUCAGCUGCACUAUUUAAUAUUGCCCUAAUAAGUAAGUUAUUUGUUUUGCUUUGUUUUCUAUGUGUGGAGUUAGGGUAGCUUGUGCCUUUUAACUUUGAACUUGAUUUCCCUGAUAAUUUUUUUCACAGUCAGCUCAAGGCUAGGCUUCAUUUCUUGAGACACUUAAUAUUUCUCAAAAGCUUAUGCCAGGCAUAAGGAGGAGAAUGUUUACUUUUGCUCUUGAAUCACGUUUAAUUUUGAUGACAUCACAAUGAGGUCAUAAAUUUAAUUAGUGCCUUUUCUUAAUAUAUAAAACUCAACGUAAUCAUACCAAACGUAUUCAACAUUAAUUGGCCUUAUUGCUGUUUUCGAAUUCCUUCUUGUUUGGCCCUCCAUUUAGUACCGUAUGUAUUGCACAGAUGGAGUUUGUUUGUUUUAAAUGCAAUAAUAAGUGUUAAACAUCUUUGGAUUUAAAGGGAAAAUGACCUUCAUUACGCUGAUGAGCACACAACCCUUGUACCAGCCCAAAUUCAUGUAUCUUAUACUACAAUAAAGGGAAGCUUAGAAUAAUCAGUGUUGCUACUAUCAAAGGUCAUGAUACUGCAUUAGCUACAUUUCUUUUGUUGGUAAUUUUGAUGAGCUCUUUUGAAUAUUGUGUUUUUAUGAACUUUGAACAUUUUUUCUGGAUUACUAUUGUAUUUGGGACAAACAGGAACAACAAAAUAGGGGUGAGAACUCACAGAUUUGAUUGCCACGUGUGUGUUUUUUUUUAUUCUUACACUGCAAACAUGAGCUUAAAUGUUGAUUUGGUUGGAUUUAUUGAGAUGUAAGUGACAUUCUGAACCAGCAGAAUGGCACACUGGGAAAAUUUAGAUGCCAAAGAGUGUCAUUGCCAUCUCCUGAUUUUUUUUUUUGUAUGUAUUGUCUUAUCUCCUUCUUAGAUUGUGAUUUUGUUGAGCACGUUCAACAUAGAUCUCACUGUUGAAACACAUUUGCACAAGGCACUCACUUUUUAUGUACAGUAUGCCUUUGUAUUGUAUAGUAUCUGAGCAUUUUCUAUUAUUUAUAUAUGCGCAUGUGCUAGAGUAUUAAAUAGUAUAAAGAACUGGGUAUUUUAACAAUGUUGGAAUAAUAUUUGUGCAUUCUGUUUGCCUGCAUGUGUGUAAAAAUGUAUGAGUGUUUGUAAAACUGUGUGGUUGUGUGUGUUUUGGAAGGGAUGCUCUAAUCUUAGGAGGAAUGCGACCUGGACAUUUUAGUCAACUUUAUACUCUUUAAAAGUAUGACAUGCUAGGACAGUGAGAACUCAAUCAACACAGGUUUCUUUUUUCUUUUUUUUUUUUUUUUAGAAAUUCAAACUGGCCAUAUAAUAAAAAUGGUGAGACACUGCUAGAUGUCUGCUGGUAGGCAGUAAUUGAGUAGCCUGCUAUAGCCUAGUUCUAAUAAAUUGUUGCUUUCUUUGGAAAUGUUUUGUAUAUAGCACGCUAAUAGGUAUGCAAAUGGAGGUCAAAACUGAAUAAAGAGUUG